AUGGCGGCGACCAUGGAGUCUAAGAUCGUUGAGGAGCAAAGAGAACAGGAAAAACCCAUCGACAGAGAGAAGACGUGUCCACUGCUGCUGCGGGUCUUCUGUAGCAACGACAGACAUCAUGCUCUCAUGGAGUUCUCUAGAGGACUAACACCCACAAAUGAGCUACAGAUCUAUACUUGGAUGGAUGCCACACUGAAAGAGCUGACGGGACUUGUGAAAGAAGUCAAUCCAGACGCCAGGAGAAAGGGGACAUUUUUUGACUUUGCUAUUGUUUUCCCUGACAACCGCUCACCCACGUUUCGCAUGCGAGAGAUUGGAACCACCUGUGCUGGUAGGAAAUCCCCUGAUGACACGGUGACACUGGCACAGAAGAACUUCAUCAUCGGCGAUUACCUGGAUAUAGCCAUCUGUCCACCUAGACCUGGGGGGAUGCCUCCCUUGGAGAGGGGUCGACGCUGA